AUGUUUCGACAUCUGAACAGACCCGUGCAUCAGAUUACGUCUGCUAUAAGCAAGAUGAUAGUGGAAGGACAGCAACCACGAAUUGUCCCCAAGGGUCGAACCUUCUCCGUCCAGUACUCACUGCCCAAAUUGCCAGUACCACCUCUGGAACAAACGCUGAAGAAAUAUCUGGACACAUGCCGUCCACUGUUGGAUGAUGAACAGUAUAAACGGACACAAGAAGUUGUAGCAAGAUUCAAACAGGGGGAGGGUCCAGUGUUGCACAAGUUGUUAGAACAGAGGGCUCAGAGCACGGUCAACUGGCUUUCUGACUGGUGGAAGUACUGGGCCUAUCUGGACGUGAGGGUACCGGUGGUUGUCAAUGUCAGCCCGGGGAUAUUCUUGCCCAGGCAGACGUACCGAGGGCAGGCGGAGCAGCUUGAAUUUGCUGCAAAGUUCAUCGCUGGAGUCCUGGACUACAAGACCAAGCUGGAUGAACAGUCCAUCCCUGUAGACACUCUCGGAGGCAAGCCUUUGUGUAUGGUCCAGUACUAUCAGCUGCUGAAUGCCUGCAGGAUCCCGGGGAACCCCUCAGACAGCCAUGUUUGUAUCGGCCCUGAUGACCCCAACAAGCCCAGACACAUCAAUGUUGUAUACAACAACAACUUGUUUUCAGUGGAGGUUUACAGCAACGAGGAUAAGCCAUUGAGUAUAUGCCAGCUAGCCCAGCAGCUUCGUAACUGUGUCAGCAAGGGUGCAGCACCUGGAGUACCUGUGGGGAUCCUGACCACCAUGGAGAGGUCAGCCUGGGGACAGGUGUACUCUGACAUGAUAACAGACAAAACUAACCGGGAGUCUCUAGAAAACAUUCAGCGGAGUAUAUGUGUAAUUUGUCUAGAUGGUCCGCUGCCAGCAGGCGCUGGUGACCCGGUGGAUACUGCUGCAUCUGUCAUCCUCCACGGUGGGGGCAGCAGAGCUUACUCCGCCAACAGGUGGUACGACAAGACAAUGCAGUUUAUCUUCAACCCCGACGGCUAUGUGGGCCUCAACUAUGAGCAUACAACAGCCGAGGGCCCUGCUGUCAUCGGCCUCUGUGAUUACGUCCUGGAUUACGUUGGAAGAAAUCAGCCAUCACGGACCACAGGUUCUGAAUCCACCACUCCACAGUUGCUUCCCUUCAACAUCAACAAUAACACACAGGAGGCCAUCAGCAGAGGCAAUCAGGAGAUUGAUUUGGCUGCCAAAGAUCUGAUGCUGCGAGGGCUGUUCUUCAACAACUAUGGCAAAAGUUUCAUCAAAGAGCAGAAACUUAGUCCUGAUGCUUAUAUCCAAAUUGCAUUUCAACUUGCCUACUACAGACUCUACAAAAAGGCAUGUGCCACAUACGAGACUGGGUCCUUGCGGAGGUUCCAGCUGGGCCGUACGGACACAAUCCGCUCCUGUUCCAUCGCUUCUCAUGCCUUCACCAAGGCCAUGGAUGACUCUUCUGUGCCUGGAAACAAGAAAGUGACCUUGUUGAAGGAGGCCAUUCAGUCACACAGGAAGUACACAGAUGAUACUAUCAACGGGCAAGGGAUAGACAGACAUCUGUUGGGUCUGAGGCUGAUAGCCCAGGAGAAUGGUCUUGAGGUGCCUGAAAUCUUCACAGACCCGGCCUACAAGAAGAGCACACAUUAUAAUCUGUCCACGAGCCAGGUUGCCUCCAAGUACAAAGCCUUCCUAUGUUUCGGACCAGUUGUACCAGACGGCUACGGACUCUGCUACAACCCACAAGAUGACCAACUCAUCAUAUCCAUCAGCUCUUUCCACAGCAGUCCACACACCAACUCAGACCUGUUCUCAUCCAGCCUGUCUCAGUCUCUCCUAGAUAUGCAGACACUCCUCGCCAGCCACCCACAGGCCAAGUUGUAG